AGCGCAAGCGGCUGCUGCUCCCGGUCACAUGGUGCCUGUUCCCCGCCUGCAUUUCCAGGUCAGGCCGCGCAGGAAGCAGCAUGAAACCCGGCAGCUGCUGAGCGGCAGCGGCGCCGCUGCCCCAUGGCCACAGCGGCGCAGGUACCGGCCGGGGAGGGGGGCGCUGGGGCCUCUCCCGGGAGGUCGCUCCCGGGCACAGCCCCACUCCAGGCCCCUCCGCAGCCGGAGCCGCUGGAGCAGCGCCUGCAGCAGGCCCAGCGCUACAAGGAGGAGGGCAACGGCUGCUACCAGGCGGGGCGGCCGCGGGAGGCGGCCGGGCGCUACCACCGGGCGCUGCUGCAGCUCCGCGGGCUGGAGCCCCGGCUGCCGCCGCCGCUGCGGGCCCUUGGCGCCCGGCCGCGGCCCCCCGCAACGCCCCAGCAAGAGGCGGCACUGCGCCGCAUCCAGACCGACUGCUACAACAACCUGGCGGCCUGCCUGCUGCGCAUGGAGCCCGUCAACUACGAGCGGGUGAAGGAGUACAGCCUGAAGGUGCUGGAGCAGCAGCCCCGCAACGCCAAGGCCCUGUACCGCGCCGGCGUCGCCGCCUACCACCUGCGCGACUACGAGCAGGCGCAGCGCUGCCUGGCCCAGGCGGCCCUGCUGCAGCCACGAGACGCCGGCGUGAAGCGCUACCUGGAGCUGGCGGAGUCGCAGCUGAGCGCCCACCGCCAGAAGGAGAAGCAGCUCUACGCCAGCAUGUUCGGGUAGAGGCGGCCGGGACGCCGCCGCGGUUCUCCGGGACAGGGCUGCGCCUCCCGCCAUGCCCAUUCCCACGGCGGCUCAGCAUCCCAGCCCUGCCCGGCCUCCCGAGCGCGUGCUCCCGUCCCGGCCCCGCGCCCCCGGGAAGACACGGGCAGCCCCUGCCGCCGGCUCGGCACGGAGGCCCGUUUUUCCCCACCGCUGUCCCAGCGGUUGCUGGAUGCACGAGCGAGCGUCCCUCGGUCCCAUCGUCAGCCGCUGCCUCCUCCUCCUGCUUUAAGCAAACAGAUCCCCGGAGAGCAGCCAGGCUGUUUGCUCUCCCCCAUCCCUGCCCCUUGGCCGCGGGCAGGUAUUGCGCCCGUGCACCGUCCCCUCCUCCAGCCGCACGCUGCCCUGGGGCCCGGCGGAAGCCCGGGCAAGCCGCAGCCACGAGCCUGGCUCUGCUUCGCCGAGUGCCUGCGCCAAAGGGCAGCGGCCGAGGCCUCCACGCUCAGCGCACGGACUCAAGGUUUCCUGUAAAUAAACGGAGCCAGAGCCUCCUGUCA